CGCUGGCACCUCCUUUCUUUCUCUCCUUCUUCUUUCUUCUGCUCCCGGGCUCCCUUGUUUCUUAUUUCUUCCUUCUCACGCUCGCUGCUUCCGCCGUUGACUUUUCGGUUUGAUCUGGAUUUUUGCGCCUGUCGCUGUCACUCUUUUAGACCCGAUCCACAUAUCUUGUUAUUUGGCUCUUCCUGUGGAAGAUACCGUCCAAUCGCUUACCAUCACUACUAUUGAUCUAUUAUUCCCCUAUCUAUACGUGAUCUAUUCUCUUCAAAAUGGUCUCCAUUCACGCUCGCCUUUUGGCGGCCGCUUGCGCUCUUGCGACGACCGCCCACGCCGUCACGCCCAUCGAGGUGGAGGGCAAGGACUUCGUCAACAGUGACACCGGAGAUCGGUUCCAGAUUAUUGGUGUCGAUUACCAGCCCGGUGGUUCUGGAGGCCAGACGAAGGACUCGGAUCCCCUCAGCGACCCUAAAGCAUGCUUGCGUGAUGCCGCUCUCAUGCAGCGCCUGGGUGUCAACACCAUCCGUAUCUACAACCUCUACCCCGGCCUCGACCACGACGAGUGCGCCUCCAUCUUCAACGCUGCCGGUAUCUACAUGAUCCUCGACGUCAACUCCCCGCUGUACGGCGGAUACAUUGACCGGACCUCGCCCAAGUCGAGCUACAACGACGUCUACUAUGAGCAGGUCUUCGGUAUCAUCGAGGGCUUCAAGAACUACCCCAACACUCUCGCCUUCUUUGCCGGUAACGAGGUGAUCAACGAGCAGAGUGUUAAGAGCGUUCCCGCUUACAUGCGUGCCGUCCAACGUGAUAUGAAGGACUACAUUAAGAAGAACGUUAAGCGCAGCAUCCCCGUCGGCUACUCCGCUGCCGACAUCCGUCCCAUCCUGCUGGACACCCUGAACUACUUCAUGUGCGAGGACUCGGACGAGCCCAGCUCGCACUCCGACUUCUUCGGUCUGAACUCGUACUCGUGGUGCGGCAAGUCCAGCUACAAGAAGUCUGGCUACGACAUCCUGACUGAGGAUUUCCGCAACGCUUCGCUGCCCGUCUUCUUCUCCGAGUAUGGCUGCAACGAGGUCCAGCCCCGUAUCUUCACCGAGGUGGAGGCCCUCUACAGCAAGGAGAUGUCGCAGUCCUUCUCCGGCGGUCUGAUCUACGAGUACAGCCAGGAGGACAACGACUACGGCCUCGUCAAGAUCAACAAGAACGGCACCGCCUCCCUGCUCGUCGACUACGACAACCUGAUGGAGCAGUACGGCAAGCUCGACAUGAAGGCCAUCGAGGCUUCCAACAAGACCCAGACCUCUUACAAGGCCCCCAAGUGCUCCUCCAACCUCAUCCAGAACAGCACCUUCCUCGACAGCUUCAAGCUGCCCUCCCGCCCCUCCAAGGUCCAGGACAUGAUCGACGACGGCCUCAAGGACGCCAACACCGGCAAGCUCGUCGACGUUUCCUCCAAGGAGAUCCCCCAGACCAUCUACAACCACAAGGGUAACGAGGUCAAGGGCAUCAAGCUCGAGGUUCUCAAGGACGGCCAAUCCAACGCCCCUGGCGAGCACACCUCCGGCAGCGCCACCUCCGGCGGCUCCAGCAACUCCGACGAAGACGAGGACCAGACUGCCACCGGCGCUGCUGGCCAGACCUCCGUGUCUUUGGGCCUGUUGACCGGUGCUGCUUUGCUGGCUGGUUUCUUGCUGUAAAUACUUCUAUUCAUUAAUUGACUGAUUGAUUGGUUUGUCAGUUUGAUUAUACAUUAGUCUGGUUAUCUUACAUUUAUAUAUUUCUGUUGGACUUCUUUGGUUCAUGAUUGGCUGUGAAACACGAUUCAGCUUUUAUUUUUAACUUGUAUAGAAUGUCUUGGUGUUGCG